UGCUAUUGUCACACUUGUCACAAACAUUAUUUUUUAAGACUUUAAUUUGUUCCGAUAUAAAACUUUGUUUAUAAUAUACAUGGUGUGAUAUACAUAAUAUUAAAGAAAAACAGUAUUUGAAGUUAGCAAUAAGAUGUUACGUAUCUAAAUAACUGUGAGAGGUUAUAAUGUAUAACGCGUAUGAGACGAGAAUGAAACGAGGUAAUAUACCUUGUUUAUAUACAGAACUUAAUCUUGCUCUCACGUUGCACGGUGGCCAGAGUUUCAGAUGGACAGUUUGCAACAGUGGAUAUAAAGGUAUCUUUAAUGGAUGCAUUUGGACUCUGUCUCAAAAUAAAACUCAUCUCUCAUAUACAGUACAAGGACAUUUAAAAGAUUCUAUAAAUUACGAUAAUAUCCUGUCUGAGUAUUUUAGAUUAUCAGUAUCAUUGAAAGAACAUUAUAAACAAUGGGCGAAAGCAGAUACACAUUUUCAAAAAUGUUUAGAUGAAAAUAAUGCUGUUCGAAUAUUAAAGCAAGAUGUUGUAGAGAAUUUAUUCUCAUUUAUUUGUAGCUCCAAUAAUAAUAUAUCAAGGUAUUUCUUUAAGAUGGAACUCAAGUGUGCAGUUCAAACAUAUGCUUGGGGAAAACUUGGUAUGAACAGUAUUGUUGCAUCUUUAAUAAAAUCAGCCAAUGCUGAUUUUGUGGUGGAUGAACAGAAAACUUAUGCAGAAUUAUGGAUGGGUACUCACGAGAAUGGGCCAUCAUAUCUCAAGGAUACAGAUAUUCCCUUGCAGAAAUACAUUCAGGAAAAUACUGUAGCAUUAGGCAGCAAUGUUGUACAAACAUUUUGCUCCAAUUUGCCUUUUCUCUUUAAAGUCUUAUCUAUAAAUAAAGCUUUAUCCAUUCAAGUACAUCCGAAUAAGCAAAAGGCAAAAGAGCUGCAUGAAUUAUAUCCGGAUGUCUAUAAAGAUCCAAAUCAUAAACCAGAACUAGCUAUAGCUUUGUCUCCUUUUGAAGCACUGUGCGGAUUUCGUCCAAUCGAUGAAAUAAAAGAUUAUGUAAAUGACAUACCAGAGUUACUUGCUGUCAUAGGAGAAACCAAUGUCCAUCGUUUAACUCAAACAAAUGAUUCUAUGAUCAGUGAUGCUUUGCAACACAGUUUCCACAGUCUUAUGACUUGUGAUUCUAAUGAAGUAGCACGGCAAUUAAGAAACUUGAUAGAUAGAUUACAUAAUACAGACGAUUGUUAUAGGCAACGGGUAAAAGCCGACCUAUUAGAGCGUUUGCACAAUGAUUACCCUGGAGAUAUAGGCUGUUUUACAAUAUAUCUGUUCAAUUACGUAACGAUGCUACCAGGUGAAGCAAUAUACAUUGGACCAAACGUACCUCAUGCAUAUCUCUCUGGCGAUUGCAUAGAAUGUAUGGCAUGUUCAGAUAAUGUGAUAAGAGCUGGACUCACACCAAAACCAAAAGAUAUAGAAACUUUAAUCCAAGUACUAUCAUUUGAAUGCAAAUCUAUCGAAAAGAUUCAACCAUCUCGAGAAGAUACGUUUACCCAAGUUUUUCGUCCACCAGUUUCAGAAUUUGCAGUUGCCAAAAUCACUUUACCGCCUGGACAACCGUCUUAUAAUUUAAAACCGAGAAAUUCGGCUAGCAUCCUUUUAAUAGUAAAUGGUAAAGCAAAAAUAUCGUCUAAGAUUUUUUCUCGCGGCUCCGUUUUGUUUAUUUCUGCCAAUGAUGAAGUGGAGAUAAAAGUGUUAUGUGGUUGCCAUCCUAUGCUGAUGUUCCAAGCAUUUUCAAAUAUUUAAGUAUACAGAAUAUUCAACAAAUGUUACUAAUACUUGUGUAGUGUAAAAUACGGUUAAUCUUUUAAAAUAGUUAAUUCAAAAUUAUAAAUUUCGAUAUGUAUAAUCACGAUUAUUACCUGGAAGAACCUGGAAUUUUUAGAGAU